AUGAUAUAGGUUUAUUUCGUUUACAUUUUGGUGCUUUUGCUUUAGAAUAUUCAGAAAUUAAAUUGGAGUAAAUAUUGGACAAACCUAACAAAAUACUUUUUAUGAAUAAAAAUGGCUAGCUCGAUUAUUGUAGCAGGGUUAGGCAUGGCAGCGAUUGGUUUUGCUGGUCGCUACAUUCUAAAACAAAUACCAAACGCCUCUAUGAAAUUUGCGGAAGCUGUAAAAAAUUUGCCAAAAUUCGAUGCCGAAAGUUUAGCUAAUUCAAAAUAUUAUAAGGGUGGAUUUGAACCUAAAAUGACAAAACGAGAAGCAGCACUUAUAUUGGGCAUUAGUCCUACAGCUAGUAAAGCAAAGAUAAGGGACGCGCAUAGGCGAGUAAUGUUACUAAAUCAUCCUGACCGUGGGGGAUCUCCGUUAAUUGCUGCUAAAAUCAAUGAGGCAAAGGAUGUUCUGGAGAGUGGUAAAUCAUAAAAGUUUAGUAAGAAAAUAAAUAGUUGAAUAAAAUCAAAUAAUAGAUAAGUUUAUAAACUAUUAUUUAGUGAAUAUAGAACAAUGUACAUACUAUGUUAAAUAAAACAAUUUAAUUC